GAUCAGAAAUUAGUGAAGGCAUGGAAAUUAAACCAUGGGCUGUAUCUUGCUGGAAACAAUUUUAUUACGAGCAAUAAGAUAAUCUUAUGCUACAAUGAAAAAUUAGAUAUUAUUACAUAUUCAGGUGAACCAUUAGUGUAUGCUGUAGUUAAUGAUAGUUUAAAUAAACCAAAAUCAUUCUGGAGUAAAUUGCGAGAUACUUAUCCAAAGCUUUCAUCGACAAAUGAAACAGCAAACAAUAUAAUCUCUGAUGCAGACAUAAGCAUUUUAUUCCCAAUCGCUGCGAUCAAAUACACUGGAUCAAUUAACAAAAUUUAUGAUUUAAAAUUUGAAAAUAAAAAUACUUUAUAUGGCCAUUUUUUCGCUAGGAAACUACUUGCUGGAGGAAAGUUGAUUAUUAGAAAUUUCACUAAAGCAAACUCUAUACAAAUUGAGAACUUAAAAUCACAUUUGGCGUGGGCGCUUGAUGCAUCUAAUUUACAGAAAGAAACCCCAUUUAAAAAUGUAGAUUUCGAUUUUCCUAUCAUUGAAACAACAGAACAAAAGUUCCUAAAGAAAUCAGAAGAUUUAAUAAAAUGGAUGAAAGAUUUAUACGAGGACAAUACAGUUGAAAUAAUAUCAUACGAAGAAGUUGUUCCGAUUUCCACAUUUCUAGAAAAUAAAAAAUUUAUUGAGACAUUUACUAAUCGCCUUGUUCCUGAAAUUUCUGAUAUGCAUGAAGAAUUAACUUUUAAUGAUUGGAUUAGUGAUUUACCAUCAGCAAAUUUGCUUACAUGGAUUGAUAAAUAUCAUUUUAAUAACGGAAUAUUAAUUGACCAGUUUGGAAUCUCUCCGGCUAAAAGAGUGCACGUAGAAGAAAUUCUAUCAGAAAAUAAUAUUGAUCAUGACUCAAGUUUAAUUUUGUUCAUAGAACAAAUUAUUUUAGAAAAAAUGGAACCAACUGACACUAUUUAUUUAUCUUUGCAAAAUAAAAAAUUUGAAAUAUAUAUCGAAGACCGAUGUUUCUCAACAUUACCUAAUUUUAUGAAAGCCACGGAGGAUGCUCUAAAUGAUAUUAAACCAUAUAAGGCGCUUCGAAAAUUAUUUGACGAAUUUGGGCAUUUUUUACCAAGAAAGAUUAUUUUAGGAAAUCAAGCUAAAGAAAGUUUUUAUAAUUCUACCAAUGAAUCUAUUAAUCUUAAGAAGCAAUUUACUGCAACAUCACAAUAUGACAUUGACAAAGUAUUUAAAGAAGAAGCAAAUUGCUUUGAUGCUAAAUGUUUAUUAACGUCAAAUGGACAGACAAAAAAAAAAUACGAAAUAUUUAAUUGGUUUAGUGAGUAUGGCAAUGAUGAUAAACACUUUAAAAUUAUUGGAAUGAAUCUUGUGCCUUUAUAUAAAAUUUUGGAUGACAAAUUACAAAAUGAGGUUGAAAUUGUUUUAAAAAAUGGAUCGAGUUCAAGAAUUGUACUAACAGGAAUAACAGCUAAUAAUGUGAUUGAAAAUCAUACAGAGGCACAUUUUAGAAUAAAUUUCAAUAGUAGAUCUCUUGAUAGUAAUUCGUUUUAUGUAUUUGGACAUGUCUUCGAUAAUAACGACGUUAAAUUGGAAAACUGUGUUGUGAGAUUUGAUCUAUUUGAUUUUUACGGAUUUUCAGCAUUCGUAACUUUUGAUCAGAGUACAAUGUGGGAUAUUGAAAGAGGGUAUAUUAUCUGGAUGGUGGUUGGAAAACCCGCAAAAUUGGGCGUUUUUUCCAAAGUCCAUUGUGAAACAAAGAUUACAUGUUAUAAAACAACCGAUGAGGAUAUAAAAUAUGAUAACAGCUUUGUAUUUAUAACUAUGCCAUUUUCAUUGGAAGUAAAUUGUAUUGUUUCAUUUGUAGCAUCAUAUACAGCUUCCAAUAAUCCGCCAAAACAAAAUUUUAGAUUGCUUGGAUGGUCCAAUAAAGUUCUUAAAUUGGAAAUUAUUAGAAUAUCUGAUAAAAAGAAUUCAAAUGAAUAUCUGCCGCAAUGCCCACAAAAUUUUCUUAUCAGUGUUAUUUUUUUCAAUAAUAUAGAAUUUAAAGUUGAUAUUGGUGAAGAAAAAUCUGUUACUUACAAUUCAUUCGGACAAAUUCUAAAGAUUAAAGACUAUAAUAAGCUUUAA